CCUUGAUGUAUUUCGGCACCGCGGUGUCCCGGCCCAGCCUCGGGGAGCCCCGGUACUUGGAAGUCGGCUACGUGGACGACACACAGUUCGCGCGGUUCGACAGCGACGCCUCGAGUCCGAGGAUGGAGCCACGCGUGCAGUGGUUGAAGCAGGAGGCGCCGGAGUAUUGGGAGCAGGAGACGCGGGGCGCCAAGGACACCGCACAGACUUUCCGACUGAGCCUGAACACGCUGCGCGGCUACUACAACCAGAGCGACGCCGGGUCUCACACCAUCCAGUGGCUGUCUUCCUGCGAAGUGGGGCCCGAUUGGCGCCUCCUCCGAGGAUACUGGCAGUUCGCCUAUGACGGCGAGGAUUACAUCGCCCUGAACGAGGACCUGCGCUCUUGGACCGCGGCGGACACGGCGGCGCAGGUCACCCGCCGCAAGUGGGAGGCUGCCGGAGCAGCCGAGCAUCAAAGGAACGACCUGCAGGUCACAUGCGUAGAGUGGCUCCGGAAGUACUUGGAGAGGGGGAACAAGACGCUGCUGCGCACAGACCCCCCGAAGACACACAUCACCCACUACCCCACUUCUGACCAUGAUGUCACCCUGAAGUGCUGGGCCCUGGGUUUCUAUCCUGCGGAGAUCACCCUAACCUGGCAGCGUGAUGGGGAGGACCUGAUCCAGGACACGGAGUUUGUGGACACUAGGCCUGGGGGAGAUGGGACCUUCCAGAAGUGGGUGGCUGUGGUGGUGCCUUCUGGAGAGGAGCAGAGAUACACGUGCCAUGUGCAGCAUGGGGGGUUGCCCAAGCCCCUCAUGCUGAAAUGGGAGUCCCCUCCUCAGCGCAGCAUUCCCAUGGUGGGCAUUGUUGCUGGUCUGGUUUCCUUUGUGGUCAUCAGUGCUGUGGUGGUUGGAGCUGUCAUAUGGAGGAGGUAGAGCCAAGGUGGAAGAGAAGGGAGUUAUGCUCAGUCUGCAUGUAGUGACAGUGCCCAGGGCU